UUCGCGUCAAAACCGCGGCUCAUAAUGUCACUGUUACGUUUAUUGCAAAGAGGUUUCGUACCAAAGAUAAAACAAUGAACAUGUCAGAACGCAUAUCCAGUUCGUGUGAUGGCGGUUAUAACAAAAAUAAAAGUGUGUGCGAAUCAGAUAGUGAUAGUGAAAAUGAAAUUGAUGUGAUUUGUGAAAAUAGUGAAUCUAGUGUUGAUGGUCAAUCCGACGGUUUUAGUCAUCCAACUGGGGGAAAUGUUUAUGAAAAAUUAUUUAAUAAAGACUACGUCUUAUCUAGUCAUGAUUUGCAUAAAAACUCUUUGCUUACAGACAACAAAAGUAAAACCUUCUUGAUAGAUAAUAUUUUAGGUAAUUUUAAAAAUAAGCCAAAUGAUAGAGCUGAAAAUAAUCUAGAAGGUGGCGAUGAACACAAUGUAUCAUCAACGUCAACUUGUGCAGAACUAGGUGUGCUGAACGGAGCAGAAAUUCUAGCUGGCCAUGCCUACGCGCACUGGCUGGCGACAAGGCAGACAUCAUCAAAUUUCUAUGAUGACAAAGGCAAUCGAAGAUCGCGUCGAUCGGGACCCGAAAGAAAGCCGCGUCAAGCAUACAGUGCAAAACAAUUGGAAAGACUGGAAGCUGAGUUUAAACUGGACAAGUAUUUAAGUGUAUCAAAACGUAUGGAACUGUCAAAGGCCCUAGAUCUAACAGAGGUACAAAUAAAAACGUGGUUUCAAAAUCGUAGAACUAAGUGGAAAAAGCAAUUAACAUCUCGCUUGAAGAUCGCGCAACGGCAGGGCUUGUUUCCGGGACAUAUCUUGGGACACACUCCACAAACAUACUCCCUUUUGAGUCCUUACGUCUACCAACCACUAAGUUGUGUGUUCACACCUGUAACGCUACCAUCUUCGCCUCCAUAAACUAUUUGUAUAUCAUUUAUAUAAUUGUAUCAAGCAAAGGUGAUAUGACAUUGUAAUAGUAUCGAAUAAAAUAAGUAGGUAAUGUGGAAAAAAGUACCAAUUGUACUUUCGGACGGACAUCUGCGCUUACAAAUCACUUCGAUGACGUCAUAACCUCACACGCACUAAUGAAGUUAUUCUGACUGCUAAGGAUAUAUAGUGCAUAGUGCCUCUCAGCCAUAGCCACUGGAGUCUUCGAGCGGGCUACUCGGUGGUUAGAUUGGUCGAGGAUGGAGGAAUAGUUCACCAUCCUUCCAUGAAACAAUAUUUGAAAUCACUACUGGCACCAAUGGUACUAUAGACUAAUCUAGACUUUUGUUAACAUUAUAUUUAUGUUUAGAGAUGGGGCUAAAAAUUGAGUUACUUUUAAUCGUAGCGAUUAUCUUUUACUAAAGGUUAUUUUAUAUUUCGACGUAGUUCACGUUUCAGGUUUAUACACCUAGUAUAUCUUUUUUCUAACAAAUAGUACAAAGGCGACCACUGCGUUAUCAUCUUCAAAUUUAUAGCCCCUACAUUGUUUCUUGAACCGCUGAAGAAACCACUAUGAUGUAGGAUGUUCCAUCAAUUUGAAGCCAGCGUCUUGAAUAGCAGCCACCGCAACUGGACUUGUGCGCGGGGCGUUACCUUAAGGCCGAUUUACAUUAUCUUAGUGAUUAGGAGAGUGCUUUAGGAUGGUACUUUAGUUGAAACAUG